AUGGUUCGCCGGCACAGAACAGUCGGCUGUCGCGGACACUGCCGUUCCAGUUCCAUUGCCAUAUCGCGGUCCCGUCGCGGCUCCGGAUUCCGGAACGGCGGGCACCGUUCCCGUUCCGGGACGGCCGUUCCGGCCGUUCCGGCGAACCCUGGUCUAACCACAUGGUUUCAUGGAACCCCGCCACCGACUGCUGCGAAUGGAACUUCGUGUCACGAAACCAACCGCAUCACCGUCUUCGUUCUACAAAUCGCCGAUCUCAACCGUCCGAUUCCGUCCGCCGUUUUCGACCUCGUAUUCCUCGAAACCCUAAUCUUACACAAAACCAAUUUCACCGGCCAGAUCCCACACUCCAUAACCAAUCUCUCUCACCUCAAAUUUCUAGAUCUCAGCUGGAAUCAUCUCUCCGGCGACAUUCCGUCGUUCCUCAGCCAACUCAACAACCUCGAAACCAUCGAAUUAUCGUUCAACAAUUUCACCGGUUCGAUUCCGCCCUCGCUUUCUCAGCUCCAAAACCUCUCCGGCCUGUUCUUAGGCCGGAAUAAACUCACCGGAGAAAUCCCGGAGUCGUUCGCCGAUUUCCGGCAGCAGGAUUUCUAUCUCCGGAUGUCGCACAAUCAGCUCUCCGGUGAGAUUCCGAGAAAAAUGGAACAUGCGAAUUUCAUUGUGAUCGAUGUUUCUAGAAACAUGCUUGAUGGUGAUAUAUCGUUCUUCUUUGGGAAGAAUAAGAGUUUGAUUUACGCCGAUUUUUCGAGGAAUUUGUUGCGGUUCGAUUUUUCGAAGGUGGAGUACUUUUCGAAGAGAUUGAGGACUCUGGAUUUGAACCAUAACAGGAUUACGGGCAGCCUGCCCGUCGGGUUGGUUGACUUGAAUCUUGACCGGUUGAAUGUGAGCUACAAUCGGAUGUGCGGUCGGAUUCCGGUGGGCGGGAGGCUGCAGGAGCUCGAAACUACGUCGUAUUUUCACAACCGGUGCUUGUGUGGUGCGCCGCUGCAUGAAUGUAAAUGAUUUUUCAAUUUUUUACGAAUUUAAUUAAUUAAAUUCGGUAAUUUGA